ACCGCCGCAAUGACUCACAAACAUUGUGUAAAUAAAUGCGGCGUCAGAACGGGAACGGGAGCGCAGUGCUGCGAGCGCGCGCGCCCCGGCACCAUGCUACUUUAUCCUCUGCUCGUGCUGCUGCUACUGGCGAGCGCCGCGUGCACGCGAACCUUCAACAUCACACAUCUAAUCGUACCUGAGGUGGUCGCACCAGGCAUCACCGACGUCGAGAUAGAGUGCCGCUAUGAUGCCAAUUUCACGCUGCUCAACUGGUUCAAGGGGCCCAACGAGUUCUUCCGCUACAAGCCAGGCGCCGCGCCUAGUACCCGGUCCUUUCCCAUCCUCGGCGUUGGCCGCGUCGAGCUGAUCGCGUGCGGUCCAGCGGCGUGUCGGCUGCGGCUCGGCGCCCUCACCGAGGAGGCGACAGGACUCUACAGGUGCGACAUUGAGAGAGACGUGCCACCUUACAAAUUCGAAACGCGAACCGCCUACAUGGAGGUCCACGGCCACGAGCACAGGCGCCCACUGCUGGAGGGGCUCGCCGAGGAGUACGGCGACGAAGAUGACAUCCAGGCGUACUGCCGCGGCGCACCCGACGCUGAGAUACGGUGGUACAUCAACGGCCGCGAAAUUGAAGAAAUGAGAGGGUCACCGUCCUUGAAGAGACAAAGUUCGAGGCUGAUAUUCCAAGGUAUUCCACCGGUUGUGACCGUCCAGUGCGCCGAGUUCAGAUAUGGCAAGUUAUCGGGUUCGAAGGAAAUGAAAGCGCGAUGGAUAGACCCAGCUAAUAGUCAGAAGGACGAGAGAGCGCAGGAGCAAAGGAAUAGUUCGCAAGUUCUCAGUAUAUCUGUAGCUGUUAUUUUGCUUUUGUGUUUUAUUUUACUAUAGAAAGCUGUUGUGUUCAAUUUUUAUAGGGAUUAGUAUUAUAGGAAGCCAAAGACAUGUUCCUGUGAGAGAUAUGUAUUUAUAUAUUUUUAAUAAAUGAACGAGAUUUACUUUUGGUUGGCUCAACAUUGUGCCGCUAUAAAUUAUAAAUAUAAUUAAAUAAUAUAAGUAAAUUUAUUGUCACGAACCUUGCCUCUCUUUAUU